AUGGGGCCAGCGCCCCCCAUCCCCUUCACUGAGGGCUCCGACGAGGAAGACGAACCGCCAUCAGCUCCCGAGCUCAUUCAGGCCACUGAACAGCUCAAGCUGAUGGCGCUCGAAAGCUCCGACCGUCACGAACGCCGCAUCACCUGUGAGCUCCUCAGAUCUGCACUGUUGGACAUGAUAGGGUCCGGGGACAUCAAAGGGACAGUUGAUCUCAGUCGCCUUCUUGCCGAUGACGAAGACGAUACCCUCAGCAAGUUAAGUGACAUGGUCGCCUACCGCAUAGAGACCUACGCUGAGCUCCUCUGCAUGAGAUAUGAUUUAGGCAAGCCAUUAAUAAAAGUUCAUCCCGAAAACGUCCUCCUUGAAAACGGCAUUCUCAUGACAGUAGACUACAGUGAACACCCCCACUUCAAGAAGGCCGCCCAACAACAACUGGCGAGAGUCGCCGGUGCCACCGCAGGCUACCGUGGGACUCGGGCCACCUACGUUGGAGGCGCUUCCUUCUCGUAA